GUUGAACCUCGAGGGCUGCUGUUAACGAAGCCGCACGAUGCCUUGCUCGGCCAUAGGUUGUUUUCGGGUGUCUUGCGCUGAAUUCUUCAAGACAUUAUGGCGUUUUCGAAAAACGCUUAUACUGAUACUGACACCGAUUGUGUUAGCCGUCAUUCCCGUGAAAUAUCCCACCACGGAGGCUUACUGUGCCUAUGCUAUAUUAAUAAUGGCCGUGUACUGGGUGACUGAGGUAAUACCAUUGGCGGUGACCGCCCUUCUACCCAUGGUUCUAUUUCCGACACUAGGAGUGAUGGACUCCAAGCAAACGUGUUCAAACUACCUGAAGGACACCAACAUGUUGUUUGUCAGCGGUCUCAUCGUAGCCACAGCUGUAGAGAAAUGGAACCUACAUCGCAGGAUAGCGCUGCGAGUGUUGUUGUUGGUGGGAACAAAACCAGCUUGGUUGAUGUUUGGAUUCAUGACAACUACGGCGUUUUUGUCGAUGUGGAUGAGUAACACGGCCACUGCCGCUAUGAUGAUACCCAUAGCACAUGCCGUUAUCGUUGAACUGAUAGAGAAGAAAAGAGAGUUUGACAAAAUAUCGAAGAUAAAGGCAUCGACAGACCGGUUUACAAGAGACGACAAGCCUGAAAACGAUGGUCUACAGGAAAAGGAGAAGAUAACAACAUUCGAAGAAAUCGAACUUGAAGAAAGUUUAUCCAAUGCACAAACUAAACAGGGCGGUGUUGACCAGGCGAAUAAUAUAGAAAUUGGAGAUUUAAAAGACAAUGAUGCCAUGACUAAAGAAGAGAAGAAUUUUGCUAAAGGAAUUACUCUGUGCAUAGCGUACUCUGCUAACAUUGGUGGCACAGGCACUCUGACGGGGACGCCACCUAAUUUGGUACUCAGUGGACAACUUGAAAGUCUUUACGGACCGGAAGCUGUGAUUGACUUCGGUUCCUGGUUUAUCUACGCAUUUCCUGUCAUGAUAGUAUGUCUCCUCAUAGCAUGGCUCUGGUUGCAGUUUCUGUACUUCGAUCUAUUAGGCACUAUUGUAGGCUGGUUCUCGCAGUGCAUUCGUGGAAAUUGUGGAAAAUGCUGCGAAGAUUCGUGUUCGUGUUGUUGUAGACGCAAGGGUACUGAGAAGGAACACGACCCUGUCAGUGGCGUGAUUCGAAAACAAUACAAUUGUUUGGGACCUAUGACAUGGGCGGAGAAGGCUGUACUCGGACACUUCACUCUACUAGCCUUACUGUGGUUGGCAAGAGACCCCAAAUUCGCACCUGGAUGGGUAACCGCGUUCAUACCGGGUUAUGUUACAGACUCCACGGCCGGUGUAUUCAUCGCUGUACUGUUAUUCUGUUUCCCCUCACGUCCUCCCAACUUUGGAUGUUUGCGUCACAAGAACGACGAUUCGCUGCCAGCUCCAAAGCAGGCGUUAUUGGACUGGCAUACAGUGAAUACAAAGCUACCGUGGGAUGUUGUGAUUCUACUGGGAGGUGGUUUCGCACUGGCUGAUGCUUGCAAGGUAUCGGGGCUAUCCGUGUGGAUCGGUAAACAACUUGUCGUGUUAGCCAAUAUACCACCUGUUGCCAUGGUGUUUGUGAUCACCACCCUCAUCGCCGCCUUCACCGAAGUCACUAGCAACACGUCUACGGCGUCAAUAUUCCUGCCGAUUCUAGGCGAACUGGGUGUUAGCCUUGGAAUCCAUCCGUAUUAUUUCAUGAUUCCAGCAACUAUAGCCUGCUCAUAUGCAUUCAUGUUGCCAGUAGCAACCCCACCAAACGCCAUAGUAUUUGCUUAUGGGACCAUUACUAUAAUGGAUAUGGUAACUGCCGGACUACUUAUGAAUAUAUUGUGUAUUCUGGUCGUCAACCUGAGUAUCAAUACGAAUGGUUAUUACCAAUUCGACCUCGGCACUUUACCAGACUGGGCCAACAACACCGAGGUGAUCACCCCAACGUCUUCACCCGUCAAUUGCUCCGUAUAUUUGGCAGAUUAUCUUUCCCAGUUGGCUGGUGUGACGACUGAGACUGGUUUCUUCAAUACAACCAUGUAAACACUUGGACUUGACGCGAUAAAUAUGCUAAAAUUUCAUUAAUGGUGUCGGAUUUCUAUAUGCAGAUGAUAAGCACAGCUCAUUUGUCGAAUAUAAAAUUAAUACGCACAUAUACAUUUAACAUUAAAAAUGAAGUCGAAACAAAUAACUUGUAAACGCUGUAAACAUACAACUAAAACAGUUCGUGUACCAGGAACUCAAGCUUAAGCCACCGAAAAGAACUUCCAACAUUGCUAGAAGAAACCAUAUUGCCCCAUAUGUCGAAAAGUUUUUAACUUAUAUUUUAACGGAUGCCCACGAAAUGACCAGAUCUGCACAUCUAAUCAUGUUCAGCUAUCAAUUGUGUGAAAAUACAUAAUAGUGAUUAUCUUCUAUGUAUACAAAGUUACUAAUUUUGUUUGUGUUCAUUUGUUUUUACUUUUUUUGUAUAUUUUUUUAAGAAACUAAUCGAUGUUCAUAUACAAAUAUAAUUUACAUUGUCUCUCAUAUCUUCCUGUGACCGACUCAAACUGUUUUA